AUGGGUACUGAGCAAAAAGAUAACACAAGCUUCUCUUCCUCUGAGCCAAAGCUCUGCGUCAAUGGCUGCGGAUUUUUCGGAACAGCUUCUAACAUGAACCUCUGUUCCAAAUGCUAUCAUCAAGAACUCAAAGUUACCGAAGAGCAAGCUUCUUUAGCUAAAGCCCUUUUCGAGAAAUCUCAAAACUUUAAAUCCAAAACCCCUGAAACCACAGUUGAAUCUGUUGUUGUUGCUUCUGAGACCAAGACGAGGUGCUUGAGCUGUAACAAGAAAGUGGGUUUGAUGGGGUUUAAGUGUAAGUGUGGAAGCAUGUUUUGUGGAUUGCAUAGAUAUCCGGAGAAUCAUGAAUGCGAAUUCGAUUUCAAAGGAGAAGGAAGAGAUGCAAUUGGGAAAGCUAAUCCUGUGGUGAUGGCUGAAAAAGUGGAGAGAAUCUAA